AUGCUUGAGGGGAGGAGGGCCGAGGAGGUGGAACUCGGUUGGAGGCGCAGGUGGGGCCGGGAGGAACGCGGGCCUGUUGAGGCGGGAACGGACUUCCGGGGAGGGGACAGCCGUGUGGGGCGGACCUGCACGCGGAGGAGGAGGAGGAGGCGUGGGAAACCGGGGGGACCUGUGAGCCGAGGCAAGUACGCUCCAGGCUUUUUGUCGGUGGGUUCGAAAUUCCCAAGUUGCCCUUGGAAAUUCUUUUCUUCAACCCCUCACAGUCUCCCAGCCCCUAGCAGGGUUUUGACCCAGCCACUCCCCGCGGCCCGGACGUGCACAGCCCGAAGUCGAGCUGGGCUCCUCUGGCCCCCGGGACGCGGGUGGAGGGAGCGGCGCCCCGGGCUUGCGACUGAGCGAAUUCGUGGAGGGCAGCAGGGCGGGGAGAAGAGGAGUUUAAACAUGAGUGAAAGCAGCGAAGAAUGUGUGAAAAAGAUUGGCAGUGUGAAUCUUGACAAACUUAUAGAUGACUUCUCACAGAUAGAAAAGAAAAUGAUAGAAACCAGUGGAAAGAAUAAUAUACUGGAUAUACAAUUGGAAAAAACUAACUAUUUGUUAAAAGUAAUGCAAACAAAAGAGGUCUCAAUUAAAGAAGAAUGUGCUACUCUUCAUAAUAUGAUAAAAGGGCUACAACAGACCAUUAAAUCUCAACAUGAUUUGAGAGGUGAAAAUGAACAACUAAAAAGAAGUGCUGAUCUUAUGAAAGAAAAUUUUAAAUCUCAUGAACAGGAAUAUAAGAAUAAUAUUGCCAAACUUAUGAGUGAAAUGAAAAUCAAAGAGGAGGGAUAUAAGAUAGAAAUAAGGAAACUUCAUCAGGAUAUGCAGGAAAAAAUUGAGUCAAAUGAAAAAAAGCAUAAAGAACUGAUAGAGAAAAAGGAGGUAGAAAUUUCAGAGUUAAAUGCAAAGUUGAGAACUCAAGAAACGGAGAAACAAAGUGAAAUUAUCAAAUUACAGUUAGAGUUUGAUGCCAAACUAGCAAGAGUUCAAACUAAAUCAAAAUCAUAUCCAGAUUCUACUGUUUUGCCACAGAGUAUCUACAGAAGGAAGCUUCAACAUCUUCAAGAAGAAAAAAACAAGGAGAUUGCAGUUCUUCGGAAUACCAUUCAUGAUUUAGAGCAACGCCUCUCCCUUAACAAAGAUUCUGAUCUUAAACCUACUGGGAAAGGUUCUUACCUUAAGCGUAGACGGUUUUGA